GCAUCCCCGUCUCGCCCCCUGUUCGCGUCACUCCGCGCCGAGCGCUCGUACGAUGCGCACGUCUCAACUCGUCCGCUCCAAAAUAACGGUGCAAAUUCGAUCGCAAGUGAAGUGUUGACAAAACGUACCAUUGUUUAAUAUAGUGUUUCCUAUACAUACGUUGUGACAGUGAAAUGCGAACUAAACCGGAUACAAAAUGAUGUGGCCGUCAUCACAAGCGAGCAAGAUUCUCUCCGCACUGUUAUUCUUAGUGCUCGUAUACUGCAUUUGUAUGGACACGUUCCUGUUUUUGCGGAUACAGAAUUACAAAAUAGACCUUUUCGAUGUGCCCGAAAACUGGACAGAGUCCUCGACGAGAUCAGCCGUGAGAAAUUACGAAGAUGUGAUUUGGGUUCCUUGCAGUAUUAACCCUAUAUGCCACCCGACUGUCAAAGGCUUGAUGGUUGAUCACAUAAACCAUUACAUAUACGCGCCGUUGUGUUCGAUGCUUGACAUCGGACUGAAGAUUUCGGAAAAGCUGUUGUUUUUGACACCGAAUAUGAUAUCGUUUUCGCAUGUGAUCAUCGCGUGUAUUGGUGCUAAAUUGUUGACUUGUCAAAACUUAGCUGCUAGAAGAUUAGCGAUAGUGCUGUUCCAGAUUAGAAUGUUUUUAGAUGAUCUAGAUGGACACGUAGCUAGGGAACGAAAGCACAUAAAAGGGGAGAGAUCUGAGGUAGGGACUUUGGGGUAUUGGGUGGAUGGGCUGUGUGAUAUGCUCGGUGUAAUCGCUAUGAUUGUAGGUAUACUUUUAUAUUUGAAAAAUAAUCCCCCAAGACGAGGAUAUAAGGGCACAUCAGUUAACACAUUGCCGUAUCAUCAGUUGAAAGAGAUAAAUUCUUCCGAGGAUAUAGAGAAAGAUCACACUACCGAAAUAGGGAUAAGUUAUAAAACGAAAGUCACGUUUCAUAGGAUAAUUCAAGUUCUAGGACUGUUUUCUGGUCAGAUGGUGCUUUCCUCGCUAGCAUGGAAUAGAUAUAUAGACAUAUAUCAGGAACUACUUGAGAAUUCAACUGAAUAUGACAUAAUGAGACGCGAAACUGCGUUUCGAUCUGGUAUAUUCUUCACGGCCACGGGCCUUUGGAGGGUGGUGAAUCCUCACAGCUAUUUACAUUUGUUAUCCAUGGCUGUUUUUUGUGAUAAGACGUGGGUCUUUUUGAAAAUUGUCCAUUAUAGUGGAUACUUGUGUUUGGUCAUAGCUGUUGGUAGUUCGGAGUAUCUGGUUGAGAAUAUAAGGUCGUUUGUGGUGAAUGGUGCUGGUUGAGAAUGUGUGAAUCGCUUCGGUACAAUGUAUGUGACAUUUGUAUCUUUUUUAUUAUUUAUUAAUCCGGAAAAACAGAUACAGAUUCAAAUUCAAAAUUCUUUGUUCAAUUUAGGAUGAUGGACAUCACUUAUUGACGUCAAUAAAUUACUUAAACUCAGUCUACUGCCGGCUUCCAAAGCGCAGGCGAAGAAGAAGCGGCGCAACAAACUUCACCGCAGCCUUUUCUCCAAGGACGUCAAUUAACAAAUAUAGAUCUUAUACAUAUACAUCAUUAGGUUAUCACUAAACAAAAAAUCGCCAAAUUGUAAACCAGUUUGUCGGCGAAAAAUAAAUUCAUGGCACUUUUGACAUAACCUAAUAUUAUAAUAAUCUAAGAUUUUUCUAUUUCACGAGUCACUUAUUAUUAUAUCUAUCUAUUCAGUCACGGUUCCAAGCAAAAUUUUCUUUAACUCUCUUUUAAAAAUGUUUAUACGUUUAUCAUGUUUAUUAAAGAAACAUAUAGGUGUAUCUGUGAAAUAAAGUUUUUCGUUAGUUUUCGUUGGCAAAAAUAUUGUGUCAACGCGCACAAUAUUUUACGGAUGUUAAAAACUAUUACAUAACUAAAGAAGCAUAAAUACAAACGUAUUUCAAAAGUUUACUUAUAUUAAUUAAUAAACAAAUCGUUUUAUAAUCUUGUUAAACAUUUUCGAAAUGGUUGUCAGGAAUGGUUACAAUUAUUAAUGACAAUCUUUGUUCGCAGCUCCGCUCCGCCCGUGGUAAUCAAAAAUCAAAUCAUUUAUUUAGAAAUUAGGCCUUCACAGGCACAUUUUCACGUCAUAUUCUAAAUUAAAUGAUGUUUACCAAAGCUACAAACUACUAGCAGGUAAUAUAUAAUUUGACAGACUUUCGCAUUUAUAAGUAAAUAUUAAUAGUAAAUGUUACUUUCAACAAGCAAAAAA